CCUCCUCACCUCUGCCUCACUGUCGCACAGCCAUGGCGGAUAGCGCGAGCGAGAGCGACACCGACGGAGCGGGGAGCACCUCGGCCACCCCGAUGUCGUCCUCCGCCUCGAAUUCGGGCAAGCCUAGCAUCGUGAUCUCCCAGUUUCGCCUGGAGGAGCUAACCAACCGGCUGGCGUCGCUGCAGCAGGAGAAUAAAGUUCUGAAGAUCGAGCUGGAGACGUUCAAACUCAAGUGCAAGGCGCUGCAGGAGGAGAACCGGGACCUCCGCAAAGCUAGCGUCACUAUUCAAGCCAGAGCGGAGCAGGAGGAGGAAUUCAUCAGCAACACCUUGUUCAAGAAAAUCCAAGCCCUCCAGAAGGAGAAGGAGACCCUGGCUGUCAACUAUGAGAAGGAGGAGGAGUUCCUCACCAACGAGCUGUCCAGGAAACUCAUGCAACUCCAGCACGAGAAGGCUGAGCUGGAGCAGCACCUGGAGCAGGAGCAGGAGUUCCAGGUCAACAAGCUCAUGAAGAAGAUCAAGAAGAUGGAGAACGAGACCAUCUCCAAGCAGCUGACACUGGAGCAGCUGAGGCGGGAGAAGAUCGACCUUGAGAACACAUUAGAGCAGGAACAAGAAGCCCUCGUCAACAGACUUUGGAAGCGGAUGGACAAGCUGGAGGCGGAGAAAAGAAUCUUACAGGAAAAGUUGGACCAGCCCGUGUCAGCCCCACCAUCCCCGAGAGACGUUUCCAUGGAGAUCGACUCCCCCGAGAACAUGAUGCGGCAUAUCCGCUUCCUGAAGAACGAGGUGGAGAGGCUGAAGAAAAGCCUGCGCACCACCGAGUUGCAACACACAGAGAAGCGUGCCCAGUACAUCGAGGAGGAACGACACAUGAGGGAGGAGAACAUCAGGCUACAGAGGAAGCUCCAGAGAGAGAUGGAGCGUCGAGAGGCUCUGUGCAGACAGCUGUCAGAGAGCGAAUCCAGCCUGGAGAUGGACGACGAGCGGUACUUCAAUGAGAUGUCGGCACAGGGCUUGAGAGCAAGGACGGUGUCCAGCCCCAUCCCUUACACUCCCUCCCCUAGCUCCAGCCGCCCAAUAUCACCUGGUCUCUCGUAUGGCGGCCACACAGUGGGCUUCACCCCACCAGCCACUCUGUCCAGAGCCGCCAUCUCCCACUACAACACCCCCGCCCUGCACGUCCACGGAAGCUCCUCCCACGCCGUAGCGAGGCCCUCCCCAAGGAGAAGCACCAGCCCUGACAAAUUCAAACGUCCGACCCCCCCACCGUCCCCCAACACACACUCAGGGGCUCUGCAGCCUCAGCCUCCACCGCCCCCUCCGGCCCAGCCCAUGGUCCAGUCCAUGUCCUCCCCGGCGGCCAUGUCGCAGCACGCCUCCGCCUCCCCCGCCGCCGCACAGCCUCCUACUUCCCAGCCUUAACGCUGCACACGCAUACACACGCACGCACUCUCUCACACACACACGCACACACCUGUUCCGGUGCACAAGGGCACCCACUGGAUGCCACGACGCAAAAAACGCAGCAGCUUCCGUCAUUUACAGUUCUGGAAGAAGCGCUCAGAAGCAGCUUAAAAAGUUUUUUAAAAAAAGAGGCGAGAGAGAGAAAGGCGGCGGCGGGAAACGUCUGACGCCGCACGUGCUGGCUAAUUGCUCUUAAACAGAGCAGACGUGCUGAAAAUAAUUGAGGGAUUCGUAGGCCAAUUAUUUGUUCCUCCCUCCUGUCUUGUACAUGUUUUUCCUUGCCUUGGGACUGUAGCUGGUUGGAAAAAUUGUGGCGCUUGUCGGAUAGCACAAAAAGCAUAUAGAGCUUUCACGGCCGUCUUAUUUUUUGUUGGCGAUAGAUGGAUGUUUGGGUCAGCUGACGGAUGUAUGGCUACGGAAGCGGAUGGAUGCGUUGGAUUGUUUUUAUGCCGAUAACGUGACACUCGAUUGCAGUAACGUCCUCACCCUCUCACAUUUCGGAGUCAUCAUCAGUCACGUUUAGCACGAGAGGUGUCAUAAAAGACCAGCAGGUGUCACACAGAGCUCACAUGGCAGGCGUUUUGUUUUUGUUCAAGGCUCUGCGGAUAUGGGUAAAAUGGAGGGCACAUUUGGGGGUGGGGGGGGGGGGGCGUUUGCACACUGGUACCUAAACCACAGAUAAAUGUCGCCUUUAAGGUGUUUACCAAUGUAGUCUGCGGUGUUAGUCAUGUACUCUUCUCUCUCUCUGGUGUAUUUCUCAAUGCUUUAUCAUCAUCAGAUAAUGGCAAAAAAAAAUUCAACACAUUAUGCUCUUUACACUAAAUAUACAUACUGCUUCAACAUUCUAAAUGAAUGGUACUGUCAAACUUAAAUUUCUAUGUAUGAUUAAAAAGCUCUUGAGAUGAAGACGCAUCCACGUUUCUCUUGACGCAUUUAUGCAGCUUGACAUGAUGGAAUUUGAUUAGUAGAACUUUGUGCCUUUGAAAUAAAUCCAUGCCACCGAAACUGCAACUUCUAUCUGGUCGGCUACAACGUGUGGAGACUCUUCUAUUGCACCAAACCCCGUCGAGUUAUGCAUUGAUGAAUCACUGUUUAGGAGGUUCAGGGUACUUUCAAACUCAGAUUUGUCUUUUUGCCUGGAGUGCAAGUCAAAUUUGCCAAAAUGUUGGGAAAGUUAGGUUCAAGCAAAGUUUUCUGGAAAAAGCACACCAAAACCACCAAGGAGGAUGUCAGCAAAUCAUUUUGUGUUUAUUUUUUUGUGUUGCCAUAGAGGAACAUAGUGAUGAUAACCAUAGAGCUAGCAAUGCAGGGAAGUGUUCAUUUUCCCAAUCAGAUGACAUAAAUACACUUAUUAGCCACAGCAAUACCUAUGAAACACCACUAAGUGACAGUACUGCUCUGCAAACAGUAUUUUUACUUUAUUUUAGUGUCACUAUACCAGGGUUCAAAUGUUAACUUAUUUACUGAAAGCUUUUUAUGCAACAAAUUGUUUCAUAAACGCCACAAGGUGACAGCCUCACUCUGCAAACAGUAAUUUUCCUUUAUUUUUGUUUUGUUUAGGCAGCUGUGAACUUUACGCUUGUGUAAGUGUUAAAAUGCUACUUAAAAUGUUUUAAUGCAACGCAUUAUUCCAUAAGCGCCACUAAAUGACAGCACAGGUCACCAAACGGAGUAGCUUUACUAUGUUUUAUUUGUAUUAUACCGUUUUAGACUUCUCUUUAAACUUGUACGACUGGUAAGAACCUUAAAAUGUUAACAUUAAAACAUUAGCGCUCAAGCGCCACUAGUUGAUGGCAGUAUUUUAGUUUUAUUACACAACUGUGAACUCUAUUUACAUGAGUUUUAAGUUACUUUAGCAUUAACAGUUACGCAUUUCUUUUGAUGCAACAAUUGAUUUCAUAAACACUAAUAGGUGAGAGCAGUGCUGUGCACACAAUGCUUUUACUUUAUUAUAGUUUUAUUGCAGCUGUUAACUUCUUUUUACACUUGUAUGACUGUUAAGAGUCUUAAAUUUAAAUGUUACCAAAAACAUUGCUUUAUCGAUGCAGUCUGUUAUUUCAUAAGCGCCAUGAGGUGAUGGCAGUACUUUUUGUUUUAUUUUAGUUUGAUUACACAGCUGUUAUAUGUGUUUUGAGUUACAUUUUAACAAUAAAAGUCAUGCAUGUCUUUUC